GUUGCCAACAACAAACGCUCCUGCAGAGUCUGGACACGCCGGAGGAAUAUUCAAAGCACCUGGACUUACUAUCACGCUUUUCUCACUGGGAUUCAUUUUUGGAUUUUGCAAAUAUGAUUCCAGAGGAAAGCUUUGUAUCCAUCGAGAACAGGAUGCAGGCUGUAGGUCUGGCUCUGGAGGAGUUGCUGGUGACCGCUCAGAAACAAGACUGCCUGACCGUUGGGAUCUAUGAAUCAGCAAAACUUCUUAAUGUAGACCCAGACAGUGUGGUCCUAUGCGUCCUUGCAGCUGACGAUGUAGAUGAUGUGGCACUGCAGAUCCACUUCACCCUGUUGCAGUCCUUCUGCUGCGACAGUGGCCUUACCAUCCUGCGAGUCUCAGGAGUUCAGCGGCUCCAGCAGCUGCUGGGUGCUGUGGAUGCCAACAGAAACCAGGAAGACCUCCACUGCAUGCUGGUUACGAACCCCCAGGCUGAUCACUGCAGGCUACAAGAGGUGGGGACCUACUGCCAGGAGAGCCGACGCCGUGACCAGUGGGUGCCGGAACUGGUCUUGCAGGAACGCUGAAGGGCCUGACACCCACAAACACAAACAAAAACUAGAGCUUUCUUGCUUCAGAUACUCUGAACCGUUGUUGCUCAUGCCGGGAUGGCCUGGAGUGGACUGGGCUGGGUGAUCCUGACUGAUGACCAGCACGAACCAAGGACUCCCUUUUGGUGACCAGUGAAACAGUCACGAGUGGAGACUCGUUCACAAAAUGUUUUUUUGUGCAAAAGAUGCAAACAGAAAAUGGAAAUCCUUUUCAGGCCACAUUGUUUUUACAUUGUCAGUAAAACUAGAUGCUUCUAUUAUGUGCUGCUGUUUGGCUACUUACAAUGUUUAUGGGGUGUGACAAUCAUUAAGAGCAGUAGUAGUAUUAGCAGAAACAUGUCCACACCCCAACUUAUACAGGGAAGACUUGUGUGUUUUCUUGUGGACAGGACAGGAAUGCUGUAGUGAAACUAUGCCCAACAUUCCUGUGCAUCCUGACAUGGGAGAGUCCUUGGAGAGAAGGUGUGUGUGAAUGCGUGGUAUGUGUGUACAAUACGUGCGUCUUUCUUUAGAAAAGCUUAGGCGUGCAGUGUGUGCAUUGCUGAGAAAUGACCAGCUGAACCUGUGGAGGAAUCGUCGCCAUGGAAACUGAAAUGGAAAUGAUGUUCGAGUUAAAGUCACACAGGACUCAUAGGCCAAAAACAUUGCAAAAGGGGCGCAGAACAUGAUGUUUUUGGUCUGAGGAGGAUACAGAAUGAGCACUAUAAUGAACUGGCUGCUCUGAUGGAAACUGUCAACUGUAAUUUCAUAUUGUGUUGCAAAAGAAACCACAGUCAACAUCUUUGUGCCUUCAGGAGUGCUGCUUUUUUGAUAAAAUGUUGUUAAACUUGUAUGUACAGUGCAGCACCAGUAAUUUAUUGAUUGUAUAAGUUGUUUGUGUAGCUAUUUAUGAUCUAAUUUAGUGCUCUGUUAACUAAGUCAAUAAAUUAUUGUAUUCAUAA